AUGAGAGCCACGUCAGCAUUUAACUUCUCAAGCACCGAGGCCGGAAAAGUGCAGUGGUCGCUCAACUGCGACUGGAAGGGCAACGACAUUGGCCAGGCCGCCGGCAAGGGCGACACGUGCGGAAAGCAGUGCCUCAGCCGUGCGGACUGCUCGCACUUCACGUGGACGGCCGAAAACGGAGGCACGUGCUUGCUCAAAGGGGCGAUCAACGCGACUGAGCUGGUCGCCGCCACUGGCACUUCGUGCGGUUACCGCGUUACCGACAACGGCGUGACCGGCAACCCGUACAGGGGAGUCCAGCAGUACCUCAACCGCGGGUAUGCGGAGAACGUGAAAUCCGCGAUGCUUGCGUCUCCCGAAGAUGCGCCAUAUUUCGCGAGCGUGGCGCAGUAUCCGACGGCCGUGUGGCUUGACAAUAUGGCGAAGCUCGCAACCAUCCAAGGCCACCUGGACGACGCAGCGGCUCAGGCGGCCGGGAAGGCGAUUCUCGUGCAAUUCGUGAUCUACAACCUCCCGGGCCGCGAUUGCAAGGCGUGGUCGUCCAAUGGGGAGAUUCCCAAGGGCGGCCUCGACACGUACAAGGCCAAGUACAUCGACGUCGCCUUGUCGCGCCUCAGAAAGAAGGCGGCGAACGUGCGUCUGUCGCUCGUGAUCGAGCCCGACUCGCUGCCCAACAUCGCGACGAACAUGGGGAUGAAUCGGUGCGACGCGACGACGGAGAAGGAGUGCACGGAGGGCGUCGCGUACGCCAUCGCGACGCUCUCGCAGAUCCCCGACACCACGCUGUAUCUCGACUCGGGGUCCGGCGCUUGGCUCGGCUGGCCGGAUAAUAUGAAGCGCGUCGUGACGGUUUACAAGAAAGUCCUCGCGCGCGCGCGGCAGAUGAGCGCGAACGCCAAGAUCCGCGGCUUCGCGUCCAACGUGGCCAACUACAGCCCGCUCUUUUCCUACCGCUGCCCGGCGUCGGAGAAAUGCCCACUCGCGAAGAACCCGAGCACGGGCGAAAUGAACUACGACUGGAACCCGUGUAUUGACGAGAACCGCUUCACUACACGAAUGAAUGCGUACCUGGGAGCCGCGGGAUUGCCGACCAGGUGGAUUGUGGACACCAGCCGGUCCGGCCGCGCUGGCAUUCGAAAGCGGUGGGGGUCGUGGUGCAACGUGAAGGGCGCGGGGAUCGGGCAGCGCCCCCGCGCGAAUCCCGGUAGUGCUCUGCAAGGGUCUCAUGCCGCCGUUCUUUUCCCACACACCUUGCUUGCCCGACAGUUGAUGCUUUCGUUUGGAUCAAGCCGCCUGGGGAGAGCGAUGGCCAUUCGUAAGUGA